AUUAACAGGUUUUCUCAAAAAUAUGAAGAAAAAAGGAAAAAAGGAUAAACAACGAAAAAAGAAUUUCCUCAGUGAAUUAGAAAUAGAGAUUUAUGAACAACAAAUUGUUGAUAGCAAUAGGCAAUUGGCAAGGUUACGAACUCAUAAUGAAGAAUUAGAAAGAAAAGUGGAAAGUAUCGAGAAGAAGCUAAAGGAGUUAGAAGAAAAUAAAGCUGAUUUGACAUCACAUUUACAGCAAGUACUACAAAAAAAAACAGAGGAAGCUCAGGAACUUCAUGAGAGACUGAUAUCAUUAGACAAAAUACAUAAUGAAGAACAGCAACAUUUUAAAAAAAAAGAAGAAUUAUUGGAAAAUGAAUUUCAGACUAUGGAACAUAAUUUAAUUGCAGAAGUUAAACUUGCUGCUGGAAAACUAAGUGCUUUAGAAGAAUGGCGACUUAAUCGUAUUGAUUUAAUGACCAAAUUUGAAGAACAAGAAAAAAAUGUAAAAGAGCAGGAAAUUCGUCAUAAAAACAUUCUUUAUGAAGCUGAAAAAAGAUUUAUAAUUGGUAAAGCAAGAAUGCAGAAUGAGCUGGAUAACCGUCUAACAGAAUUGUCGAAGAGUUUUCGAUCUGCGACAGCAUUGCGGUUAGCAAACACAUCUCAACGUGCUAUUUAUGAGAAUAUAUCGUUACAUCAAGAGCUCAAUCGUCUGCUAGGUCAAUGUCGCAUUCUUGACAUCGCUGUGCAGAAUUACAAGGAGCGCGAGCGCAUCUGGCGACUUCAUUCUUUGUUGUAUGAGGCUGAAUCCUGCUUCGCACUUGAAAAGGUUGCAAGGCAGAAUCGCAAUAUUGAAUAUUUAGCAAUAGAGCAUGAGCGCAUGAGUCGAGUUAUUGGAAGGAUAUGCAGGAGUGAGAAAUACAUAUUGCAUGGUGAUAAAAUACUCGAGAAGGCAAAACAGAGUUGUAAUGAAGCACAAAACAAAAUCCGAUUCCUUGAACAAAGUAUCGAGCUUAGUCAGGAUAGUAGAGAGGGCUCCAUGAAAAAAGUCUUUGACAAUUGCCAGGAAAUUCAAAAACUCAGUAGUAUACUCUUCAAUGUUAAGGAGACUAUUGAACAAAUUCUAUUGGAGCAAACUAAACUAACAUGCACAGACAAUGAUUCCUGUUCCACACAUUUCAUUAAUAUAAAAGAAAAGUUUCUUCAUUUGCUUCUUGAUAUGAUGAAAAGUUAUCAAGAGCAAGCUGUUGAAGAUAUAGAAGAAAUAGAAGUAAGGCAAAUUUAUAAUAAUUGUAAUGUAAGUUGACAU